AUGGACGUAACAUCACCACCGCCCACCACCACUACAACAACCACCCCCACCACCAGCUCUAUCAAAGCUCUUGAUCAGGAUGCUCGGAUCCAACCAAAUAGUGUCCAAAAACAGCUCCCACCACCGUUUACAAACGGAGUGCUUAAGCGUCAUAAACCUCGGCAUCACCACAACCCGACGCCGGUGGUGGUGACAUACAGAGAAUGUUUGAAGAACCACGCGGCGAGUAUGGGCGGACACGCAGUCGACGGUUGUGGAGAGUUUAUGCCGUCGGCGACGUCAACGCCGACUGACCCGACAUCGUUAAAAUGUGCAGCUUGUGGUUGUCAUCGCAAUUUCCAUCGCCGUGACCCGGACGAAUCAUUUCUGAACAGCCCACCUGUUCAACACCUCAUCGAGUACCAACCACACCACCGCCAUCACCCUCCACCACCUCAACCACAACCAAUUUCCCUCGGCGGAGUUAGAGGAAACAGUUCUAGUCCGGCGGAUUCCCCAUCUCCACCUCCGAUCUCCUCAUCUUACUACCCAUCAGCACCACACAUGCUCCUAGCUCUCAGCGCUGGCUUAUCCGCACAAGCGCCGGAAAACCACCACAACCCCUCAAUUCACUUCACCCCAUCCUCUGCCGGCGGCAGCAUAAUCGGGUCUAACUCAAAUGGGAAAAAACGAUUCCGAACAAAAUUCACUCAAGAUCAGAAAGAAAAGAUGCACGAAUUAGCUGAACGGGUCGGAUGGAAGAUGCAGAAGCGAGACGAAGACUUAAUAAUCGGAUUCUGCAACGAAAUUGGAGUCGAUAAAGGGGUUUUCAAAGUCUGGAUGCAUAACAACAAGAUGACGUUCGGCAUCAAGAAAGAUUCCGGCAACCACAACAACGACAAUGGAUCUCCCGGCGGUGGAAUUGAUUUCUUAACAAAUAGAAAUAACCACCACGAACACCACCAGCCACCACACAACGACAGUAUUAGCAGCGGUGGUAAUGCUAUCGGCACUAAUGGUUCAUCUUCAUCUUCUUAA